UGCAUCUAUAAGCCUCUGAAAUCCUGAAAACAGCCACUGGAUGCGAACGAAACGUCUGAGCAAUCAUGGCGAAGAGCACUAAGGAUCAUCUGGAGGAUGCUUUUAAUGAUCUAGGGAAGGAUGAGUUAAAGAGGUUUAAAAACAAACUGUGCGAUCGAAAGAAAGGAGAGGGCAUCCGAAAAGCUCAAGUUGAAAAAGUUUGCGACGCUAUAGAUCUUGCCGAUUUAAUGGUGCGCAUUUUUACAUCGACUCGUGCAGUUCCUGUAGCAAUUGAAAUUUUAGAGGCUGUUGGCUGUAAUGAACAAGCAGUGGAGCUCAAAGAGAACGCAGGGCAAGAUCCACCUGUGGCUCAGUCACGUCAGGAUGUUGUAGACCAUGGGGCAGGGCAGGGUCCGAAGGUUGAGCUCCCUCUGGCAGAUGAUUGGCAUAAACAACUGCAUGUUGUUUUAUGCAGCCAAGAAUUUAAAAACAAAAUUAUAAAAGAAAAAGGACAGGAGAUUUACCAAGUAAAAGAAAAGAAGAUAAGAAAGCGCCUCGCCCUGCUAAUCAACAACAUAGACUUUGACGAGAAGGCUAUGACAAGAAGAGGGUCAGACACGGAUGAAAAUAACAUGGAAUGGCUGUUAAAGGAACUGGAUUAUCAAAUUGUCAAGCACAAAAACCUCUCCGCAAAGGACAUGGAGAAAGCAGUCAAGGAUUUUGCUCGACGUGAAGAGCAUGCACAUUCAGACAGCACCUUUGUGGUUAUAAUGUCCCACGGCAAAAGGGAUGCCAUAUUGGGUGUCCAUUAUUCAUCAUCCAAUCCCUCUGAUACCUUCCCGGUUGAUAAUAUCUACCGCUGUCUGAACAGUGAGAAUUGUCCAGGUCUGCGAGAUAAACCAAAGGUUAUUCUUAUCCAAGCCUGCAGGGGAGGGGAGAGUGGACGCUUGUGGGCCAGUGACGGCGAGCCUGAUGAGCCAGUGAAAAUAGAGGGCGAUGACUUUGUGCACAAAGAGAAAGACUUCAUUUCUUUGAUGUCCUGCACCCCAGACACCAAAUCUUACAGGCAUGUUGAGAAUGGAACAUUUUAUGUCCAGAACCUAGUGGAUGUGUUGAUGAAACAUGCCCAUGAGGAGCACAUUGAGGAAUUGUUCAGAAAGGUUCUUCAGCGCUUUGAAAGCACAGAUAUGAUGGGGUCCUACAGGCAAAUGGCAUGUAAAGACAGAGCGUCGCUGCCAAAAUUAUUCUACCUGUUUCCCGGACUCUGAUGUUCAAGCUGCACAUGUUUUUGACUCCUCAUCUAUGAAUUAAAUAAAUCCCCAUUUCACUUUGAAGCUCUAAUGUAGCCUGAACGGUUUGAAAAAAGUUAUUUGAGGAGAAAAAAAAAGUUAUUGUAAUUUUUAGUGAUUGUUUUCAAAUUAAUUGAUGGUUUAGAUGUCUUUCCUCUGCCAAAAAACCCCCCCUCUUCAGAUACAUAAAAUUCCUGUCUUGUCCAAACAUA